UGAUUGUAGCAGCGGGUAAUUGUAUAUGACAGAGUGCACCGAAGUGUUGUUCCCUUAUCUGCUGGUUCACUGUCUCCGCUGCAGUCCUGGCGUUGGCCUGUCUGUCACCUACACAGUAUAUCUCCGGGCUACAGUCUGUGCUUCUUCUUUUCUCCUUCUCUUUUUUCCUUCCCCAGAUCUAUUCUCAUCUGUCACUCUUUUCCCUUUCUUUGUUUCUUUCUUUCUUUUACUAGGGUGUUUGUUCUCACCCAUCGACAGAGAUCAAGCCCAGAUCAUGCCGAGUUGAGCACACCAUGACCAACAGCUCCUCCAUCACGCCGGCCAUGGCGCCGCCCGCCGGGAUGGUCUCCAACUUCGUCGACCCCCCGUCGUGCGGCCUCAAGUUCCUUGUGGUCAACUGUGUCUUCCUGCCUCUGGCGGUGAUUGCGCUGGUCGUGCGCAUGUGGACGCGCAUUUACCUGGUGCGCAGUGUGUCAUAUGAUGAUUACCUCAUGAUUAUCUCCGUUGUCCUCUCCUGCAUCCUCACCGGCGUCACCCUCGACAUGCUCAACUGGGGUCUGGGUAAACACAUGUGGGACGUCCCGUACAGCUCUCUCACCCCGUGGUUCCUGAGGCUCAACGUCGUCGCGGCCAUCAUCUACUGCGCCGGGACCGGCUUCACCAAAGUCUCCGUCCUGAUCUUCUACCUGCGCAUCUUCCCCAGCAAGACCUUCCACUACGCCGUCUGGGCCGUCAUUUUCAUCGCGGUGGGCUACAACGUGGCCAGCGUGCUGGCCAACAUCUUCAGCUGCAGCCCCGUGGCCGCCUCGUGGGACUAUUCGAUCACGAACGCGACGUGCAUGAACCGACCGGUGUUUUACUUUGCGAAUGCGGGAUUGGGCAUUUUCACGGACUUCAUGACGACGUUGGUUCCGAUUCCGUGGCUGCGGAGAUUGCAGAUGCCGUUCCGACAGAAAUUCGCGGUUGGCGCUAUGCUGGCUAUGGGGUGCAUUGUCGGAGUCAUCAGCUGUAUCCGUCUCGCCAGUUUAUACACCCUGCUCGAAAGCACCGACCUCACUUGGACCACGACCAACGCACUCAUGUGGUGCACCAUCGAGCUCAACCUGGGGAUCAUCGGCGGGUGCACGACCGCGAUGCGCCCCUUCGUGCGCCGCUACUUCCCCCGCCUGCUGGGUCUCUCGACGCACAGCGGCGGCUACCACGAGUCGGCCUCGCGCAAAUACGGCCACCCGCUGGGCUCCAUCCCCCGCGAUGCGCCCGAGUUCGCGCCCGCCAGCAAUCACUACUCCACUCGAUUGCACGGGGGCACCAACGACGACAGCGAGGAGCAUAUCCUACCGGGGACGACCACCCCGGGGGCCGCGUUGCACCGCAGCAAGGGCAGCACGGAGGGGAUUAUCCGGACGGUGGAGUUUAAUGUGGAUAGUAAUACGGACCUGCGAUAGCUGAUGAUACGGUAUAUUGAUGCAUAAUUGAGGGAUUAUUUUCUUGUUCUAUUUUUGUCUUCCACAGCUUCUUGUGCUGGGAUUCUUUCGUCUGCAUUUUUGUCCCAUUUUUUGUUCUGUCUCUGGGCUGGUGGAGCUGUCAUGGCGCCAUGCCGCCAUGCCAUGUGCUGUCAGUGUCGGUGUCAGCAAGUGGAUCAGGUCGGUGCUUGCUCUUGCUUGGUAAUCACGGCGUUAAGAGGGGAUAGGGGACCGCAUUGUAUCGCAGGUUGGAACCUGCUUAAUCUCUAAUUCAAAUGACAGCUGUCUAGACGAGACAGGGGGAAAUUUCCGUAG